AUGAGUGAUAUAGAAAGUGAAAAGGAAGUUGCCCCUAGCACUGAUCAAACAAUGCCAAGGGAAGAAGAAAACGUGAAGUUAGAGAGAGGCCACUUUUGGGAAGGCAACCUCUCUGAGAAGUUUACCAUUAAGGAAUCUACGGAAAAAGAUGGUCAUUUCGAUGUAGUGUUGGAAGAACCCUUUCAGGGUAUUCGUGUCAAUACAACGUUGCAGAACAACAAAAUGCACGGAGAAACAACAUUUACUUCGGAGGAUGGAGUUGAACUCGGUAAAUUGACUUUUGUGGAAGGAAUUGCUACGGGACCUUGUACAUUGAAUGAUGAGUCAGGCAAACUGUAUUUCAAAGGAAGAAUGGAAGAGGGAUAUCGCCAAGGUCGAGGAGCGGAAUAUGAUGAGUCUGGCAAUGUGACAUUCGAUGGUUUUUAUGCCAAGGGAACCAAGCUUGAAAACAUCGUUCCAUUAGAAGAAGUGAGUGGAUACUGGAAAGAAUACAACGCCGAGCACAAAUUGGUCAGUAUUAGUCAGCGAGAUGAUUUCGGAAGAAAAGAAGGAAUUUGCUAUUUCUAUGAUGGUGAAGAGAAGAUGGACCGAAUCAGUGAAUGGAAGGAAGAUAAGGAAGUAUCCACUUCGGGUUAUUGUGAGAUAUUCGACGAGCCGCGCAAAGUGUGGUAUAAGGGUUAUUUUGAUAAUGGAAAACGAGUCUUUACUGUUCCAUUAGAAGAAAGAAAAGGAUACUGGAAGGAGUGCAACGAAGACAACAAACUAGUUUGUAUUUGUCGCAAAGAUAAAGAAGGCAAGUACGAUGGUAUUUGUUAUUUCUAUAACAACGAAAAGAUCAGUCAAGUCAGCUAUUGGGAGCAUGGAAAGGAGGUGAGAGUCAUAAAGCAGUUCAAUGGCCUAACAAUGACUGAAUACAACGAUGAGAAGCAGAAGCUGUAUGAAGGAGAAUACCUAGAUUCUUUUGAAUUGGACUAUCCCCGACAUGGAAAGGGAACCAGUUACAAGAAUAACGAGGUCAAUAAAAAGACGACUUGGCUAACUGGUUAUUCGACACAGGGACUAUUGCUGACAUUCUUGGCAAUAGUAAUUGUGUUAGUUAUUUUAUUUGUGAUAGAUGUGAUUUUGGGUCUUGUUGUUACAGCAAUUGUCGACUUACUGGUUAUUAUUCGAUGGAGUUGUCCUAAGCUGUUGGGUAGUAAACUAUGUAACAAGACAGACCUCCAGUUAAUGGCAGAUUACAUGAAAACUAAAUCUUCCAAGACUACAGAAAAAGAAAAAGAAACCGAAAAGAAAAAAUCGUCUAAUUGUUUUUACAAUAACAUUUAUUUAACAAUAACUGUUAUUCUUUCUCUUAUUAUUGUAUGUGUCUUAAUUGGUGCCCAUUUCUACUAUUCUUUGGUGAAUCCUUACGUGAGUGUGUUUCAAGGUACCUACAAAGUGGGGUCGAAUAAACUCAACAAGCUAUCUGGAUUUAAGAUUAGUAAUAGAGCGUUGCUGAAGUCAAUUGAAAUUGGAACCGGUUGUUUUGAAGUUGCUUCUGUGUUCCAAAUCAAGGGACUGAACUCGCUGAACUCUGUUAAGAUCGGUUCGAAUUCGUUUACUGAGCAAAGAAACAAUUUUGGAAAUGAUGGAUCGAAAUCAUUCCAUAUUUUGAAUUGUAAAAAUCUACAAUCAAUCGAGAUCGGUGAAUAUAGUUUUAGUGAUUUCGGAGGUGACUUUGAGAUAAAGAACCUUCCUUCUUUGAAAUCUCUUGAAAUAGGUGUGAUGAACACAUCAUCCUAUAAUUUCUAUUCUGUGAAAUCGUUUAUUAUUGAAGGUAUGGAGCAGUAUUUCUCAGGUUGGUAA